CCAUCUCUCUCUCUCUCUCUCUCUCUCUCUCUCUCUGUGGGCAGUGACUGCGUUCUUAAUACUGGUUGUGAUCACAAUGGCUUUGAGUUUCUGCACCAACUGGGGAACAGCUGAUCAGUACCUUGUCCCGGAGAUGAGCAGCUUCCCAACGACACAUUCAGAGCUCUCCAAGGACCUCUUCACUUUCCAGGAAAAUUUCGGAUUUUCAGACACUUUGGCAGAUCAGUUCUUCUUCGACCCAGAUCAGUACUCGUACUCAGACGACUCCACUCACCAUCUCCUCCCAUACUUCUCUUACCCAUCAGACCAUCUCAUCUCCCUCUCCCCUGAAGUCUUUCCGCUCCAAGAGUUCGAGUCCUACCUCUUCCCGAAACGCCAAAAGGCCUAUGAAGAUCAACACUACAUGGAUUUUCCACCUGGGUACUUCCCCCAUCCUCCAGAGUUGAUGCCACAACUUCAAGUUCCACUGCCUGAGUUCCAGACUGCACCAGCAUUUUAUGGUUGUGCAAGUGUGGAGAGCAGUGGGAAGAAAGGCUGUAGAGAGAGCUUGUCGGCGCAGAGCAUUGCGGCUCGGCAGAGGAGGAGGAAGAUCACUGAGAAAACUCAAGAGCUUGGGAAGCUUAUUCCUGGUGGCAACAAGAUGAACACAGCUGAGAUGUUCCAAGCUGCUUUCAAGUAUGUCAAGUACUUACAGGCUCAAGUUGCUAUUCUUCAACUCAUGGGUUCACUUCAGUAUGAUGAGGAAGCAUUCUAUGUAGAAGAACUCCAAGCAACUGCAUCUCCAAUGAUUCAAGAGAAGCUUUACUCUGUGGAGAAAUGUUUGGUUUCAAAGCAAUUUGUGGAAGCCCUAGCCAAUGAUGAACUGCUGCUCCAAUCAAACUCUUCAAUCUUCAAUGGCAUCCAUCAGUUGAUCCAACCCAAUGACUGAUCAUAUUUAUUUACAAGAUUUGUCUUUGUUGUUAGCACUAACAUUUUUUUCUUCUUAAUUUUUGUUGUUAUUGUUGUUCUAAUCUUUUUUCUUGUAAAUUUUUCUUUUCCAAGAAAUGGAUUAGUGCAUUUGCCAUUUAUGUUUUAAGAAAUAUGUGGG